AUGCUAUGGCCUUCGGUUGAGACACCCGCCUUGCCCUUGACAACCGUUUCCAAUAUCACAAUCUCGUCCGACGUCAAAUGCGAAAUCGAUACCGAUCUGCUCUCCCGACUGGAUGUGCUCAAACUCGCCCAGUAUACUCGCCGAGAAAUUGUGGUGGACAUUACGGAUGAGCAUCUGCCCAUGACACAGAGACUCGAUGCGCCAUUCUUGAUCGCAAAGGGCGGAGAGGGCGCGCAGGAUGGAUGCUCAAUUCCUGCUCCAAUGGAGGUGAAGGUUCCUAGACCUCCGAAGUUGACCAUUGCAUCCCAUAUCGAUUUUGGAGUCGCCACCAGUGUGGGCAGAUUGAACGAUUCCCUGAACGCUUUCCAGCAUUGGGCUGGAUACACUCGGACUCGCAUCUUUGCCCUGCUCGAACCCGAUGAGACAGGAGGCGAGGCUAUCCGCGAGGUCAAGACCAAGGCUGACGCCAUGGGCAUCAAUCUCAUCAUCACUGAGUCAGAAGAUGACUACCUCCGCCGAUACUUUGCCCUGAUCCCUCUGCUAGAGGAGAACGCCCGCGAGUCCACCCGGUGGGGCUGCAUCAUCGACGACGAUACCUUCUUCCUAUCCAUGCCUAAGCUCGUAGAUGCCUUGGCUAAAUACGACCACACCACACCCAUGUAUAUCGGCGGUCUGUCAGAGUCUAUCCCACAGAUUGCGAAUUUUGGAAUGAUCGGGUUCGGAGGCGCAGGCGUCUUCCUAUCACGACCUCUCAUGACCCAACUCGCCGGAGUAUAUGACGAAUGUUCCCAAAUGGACUUCACAGGUGAUCGUCGCAUCGCCAUGUGUGUCUACUCUUACACCCAGACCCGUCUGACCGUGGACCACCGUCUGCGCCAGCUAGACCUGAUGCACGACGCAUCGGGAUUCUUCGAGUCCGGCCGCGAACCACCUCUCACAGUGCACCACUGGAAGUCCUGGUUCCAUGCGGACAUGCCGAAACUCGCUGUGGUCGCCGAGCUCUGCGGCGACAGCUGUCUGCUCCGUCAAUGGCACUUCGGGGACGGCUGGAUCCUAACAAACGGUUUUUCGGUCAUCAGGUACCACUACGAUCCCGAGGCCGGCGAUCUCGCCAUGGAGCAAACCUGGGACUCGCAUAACGGUGCCAGCGACGAAGCCUACCUGCACGAACUGGGUCCUCUGCGUCGCAAAGACGAUGACAAGAAGAGCUACCAGCUACAAGAUGCCGUCAUUGAGGACCAGCAUGUCACGCAAUGGUACAUCAUGCGCGAUCCGAAGUAUGGCGAUGAAAUAUUGGAGCUGUCAUGGCGCGCGAGAGGUAAAUAA